GGCCUAGCGAGGACGCGUGCCCGCCGCCCCGAAGCAGCUGCUACCCGGGCCUUGGGACCUCUGCACUUGACUUUUUUCAGCGGAACAAAGCCGUUUGCCGUUGCCGUAGCGACUGGCAGCCUAGCUAAUACCGCCUUCACUUUCUAUCCCCCUCCUUUCCUAGCUCAUUCUUUGCUUAUUUUAGGGUCUGUCCGAUGACCCUAUAGGUCGGGCUUGGAGGGCGCCGGCUCUCUGGCAACAGACUGCCCUCCUCUGGGCGCUGGGCGGCCGGCUGCCUCCGAGGCUGGGGCGGCCUCCGCAGUCUCCAUGGUAACGGCCCAGACGGCGUCUCCGCCUCGGGGGGAAGAUGAGGCCUGCGUGGCCCGCCGCCUCGCCCCCGGCCUCAUGGCCGGGCCGGGGCCACUGAGGAGGAAGGUCCCGGCCACCGGACUGCGGGGCAGCGUGCACCAGUGAAAUCCCAUUCUCUGGCUGGAGACACAGAUGGCCUCAAAUGAGAGAGAUGCUAUAUCGUGGUACCAAAAGAAGAUUGGAGCAUAUGAUCAGCAGAUAUGGGAAAAGUCAAUCGAACAGACUCAGAUUAAGGGCUUCAAAAACAAACCAAAAAAGAUGGGUCACAUAAAGGCAGACUUGAUUGAUGUUGACUUAAUCAGAGGCUCAACAUUUGCCAAAGCCAAACCUGAAAUUCCGUGGACAUCUCUGACUCGGAAGGGGCUUGUUCGAGUUGUAUUUUUUCCCUUUUUCAGCAAUUGGUGGAUUCAGGUUACCUCUUUAAGAAUCUUUGUUUGGCUGCUACUGCUUUACCUCAUGCAAGUUAUAGCACUCGUGUUCUAUUUUAUGAUGCCUAUUGUGAAUGUAAGUGAAGUACUUGGACCCUUGUGCCUUAUGUUACUCAUGGGAACUGUCCACUGUCAAAUUGUGUCUACUCAGAUAACAAGGCCAUCGGGAAACAAUGGAAAUCGGAGAAGAAGAAAAUUACGAAAAACUGUAAAUGGUGAUGGGAGCCGAGAAAAUGGAAAUAACUCCUCUGAUAAAGCCAGAGGAAUAGAAACUUUGGAAUCUGCACCCUUUAAUGGUGGUUUUUGGGGGACUCUCUUUGGCAGCAGGAUGAAAAGAGUAAAAUUAAUAUGUAGCAAAGGGACAGAGACUGACAAUGACUCAGGUUGUCUGCAUCCUAUCAUCAAGAAAAGACAGUGUCGACCAGAGAUUAGAGUGUGGCAAACAAGAGAGAAAGCAAAAUUUUCAGACGGAGAAAAGGGAUGCAGGGAGCCGUUUGGGCGUUUGGGCAAUGGGAUUUCAGAUGAUCUGUCAAGUGAGGAUGAUGGUGAAGCCCGGACACAGAUGAUGACACUGCGGAGGAGCGUGGAAGGGGCCUCAAGUGACAACGGCUGUGAAGUUAAGAAUAGGAAAUCAGUACUUUCAAGGCACCUAAACACUCAGGUAAAGAAGACCACUUCCAAGUGGUGUCCCGUUGUGCGGGAUUCAGAUAGUCUGGCUGAAUCAGAGUUUGAAUCGGCAGCCUUCAGUCAGGGCUGUAGAUCUGGCAUGAGUGGUGGCUCUCGAAGCCUCAACAUGUUGAGAAGAGACUCGGAGAGCACCCGUCAUGACUCGGAGACAGAGGAUAUGUUAUGGGAUGACCUGCUGCAUGGCCCUGAGUGCCGGUCGUCUGUCACCAGCGACAGUGAGGGGGCCCACAUGAACUCCCUUCACUCAGGGACCAAACGUGACCCCAAAGAAGAUGUUUUUCAGCAGAACCAUUUAUUCUGGCUUCAGAACUCAAGUCCUGCCUCUGAUCGAGUUAGUGCAAUAAUCUGGGAAGGGAAUGAGUGCAAAAAGAUGGAUAUGUCUGUGUUGGAAAUAAGUGGUAUCAUCAUGAGCAGGGUUAAUGCGUAUCAGCAAGGAGUAGGUUAUCAGAUGCUGGGAAAUGUCGUCACCAUUGGAUUAGCAUUUUUCCCUUUUUUACAUCGACUGUUCCGAGAGAAGAGCCUUGACCAGCUAAAGUCCAUCUCAGCUGAGGAGAUCUUGACUCUCUUUUGUGGGGCACCACCUGUUGCACCUAUUAUUAUCUUGUCUAUAAUUAAUUUUUUUGAACGACUGUGUCUUACUUGGAUGUUUUUUUUCAUGAUGUGUGUGGCGGAGAGAACAUACAAACAGAGAUUUUUAUUUGCAAAACUCUUCAGCCAUAUUACUUCUGCCAGGAAAGCUAGGAAAUAUGAAAUACCUCAUUUCAGACUUAAAAAGGUGGAGAACAUUAAGAUAUGGUUAUCACUGCGUUCCUUUCUAAAGAGACGGGGCCCGCAGCGAUCAGUGGAUGUGGUUGUGUCUUCUGUCUUCCUACUGACACUUUCCAUUGCUUUCAUUUGUUGUGCCCAGGUUCUCCGGGGACAUAAAACUUUCCUAAAUGAUGCUUAUAAUUGGGAGUUUUUGAUCUGGGAAUCAGCUUUACUACUUUUCUUACUGCGCUUAGCCUCACUGGGGUCUGAAACCAAUAAGAAAUACAGCAAUGUCUCAAUAUUACUUACUGAACAGAUUAAUUUAUAUCUUAAAAUGGAAAAAAAGCCGAAUAAGAAAGAACAGCUUACUCUAGUAAACAAUGUUUUAAAGCUAUCCACCAAGUUGUUGAAAGAGCUGGACACACCAUUUAGACUCUACGGACUGACAAUGAAUCCCUUGAUCUACAAUAUCACACGAGUAGUUAUCCUUUCUGCUGUCUCAGGUGUUAUAAGUGAUCUUUUAGGAUUUAAUAUAAGACUGUGGAAAAUUAAGUCAUAAGCUGAGUCAUGUGCCCGGACUUUCUCCCCUUGCUGGCAUCAGUGCUUAACCCAUUAAGGAGAGAGAUGACUGCAAACCCAUGAGACACCCACCUGCUUGUUCACACGGAGAGGUGCCCUCAGCUCUACCUAAUCUAACGAAUGGUGUUUUCAGAGGAACAGAGCCUUUCCAACUGGGUGUGCAUGCUAAACACCUGUAUUUUCAUGGUUUUCAAAUAGUAUGAGUAGUCAGAAGACUGAAGACUGUGGUGUUAUAGUAAGUUAAGGACAACUUUUUAAGUUAGGAAAUUUAUUCUGGGCAUUUCAGUGCUGUGACAGUUAUAUUUAUUGGAAAUAGUCUUUCGGGUAACUAUGGCAGAUGCCCAAAGCAUGAAGCAAAAUCCUUUAUUGGAAAUAUGCAAAUUCAGUACUUUUCUAUUACAGUCUAUAGAAUUGGAGAUUUCAUUUCUCUAGCAAAGAUAGAUCAAGUUUAAACUAUUUUAGGUUGAGCCUGAAUAAAAGAACUUUAUUGGAGAAUUUCAGUUUCUAGGCUUUUUUGUUGUUGUUGAAAGAAAAAAAUAACCUUUUAAACUGUGAUUUUCUGUUAAACUAUGGAGAAAAUUUUACUUAGUUUAUAAUUUUGAAGUUAAUCCUAAUAACUGUAUAGUUGUUGGUGAAAGAGUCAUGCAUGUAAUAUGGCAUGUAAUCCAGCAUGAGAAAUUUAAGUCUAUGCACACUCAUCCGUGUCCACCAUAAAACAUGUUUUCCAUUUAAAUCAUCUGAGCUAUGUUUCCCAUCACACUACUAAGUGAAGCGUUCAUAGUUUAUCUGUUGUGAGACUCAGUGUAUUUAACCCUCAGUAUAAUCUCAUGUCCUCGGUGUCUGUACUGAGCCAAGCUAUGCCACUGAUGAUUUGGAUUCUCUUAUCAGUAUCCCCUAUUGCACAUACAUGCGUAUACAUAUGUUAAUGAAAACUCUAAUAGUCUACAUUUAAUUCCUGCUCAUUAAGUUACCCACUUUGAAGAAUCUCUCGAGGCAAAUUGAAAGCCCACAUUUUAAUGACAAGAUUUUGUGAAUUUUUAAAUGGAAAUAAUUAGGAAACUUAGUUAUUACAUGUGAAGUAUGUACAUGCAAAAUCAGUGUAUCAUUUACACAUAUCCUAAUAUGCAGGAAGAUUUUUGAGGUUUAAAGAUGAAUUUCUUAAGUCCAGGAAUUGAGGUCAGACCUUUCUGGAUUCAUAUCCUUGGCUCUGCUACUUAUUAGCUUCGUAGUCUAAGGCAAGUUACUUAACAUUUUUGCAUCUCAAUUUCUUUACCUGCUUCAUAAGGAUAAUAACUACCUAAUAGUGUUGUUAAGGUUAAAUGAGAUUAUCAGGUAAGGUACUUAACAUAGCAUAAAGUACAUCGCCCUUAAUAAAUCCACCAUAAACAUUUGUAAUUACUGUUUAAAACCCUUUAAAAAUCUUUUGCUGAUAGAUUCCUAACUGUGAAGAUAGAAACCUAGGGGGCAAGAUUGCUGAACUAGAAGUGGAUUACCAAAAAUUUGCAGCCAUUCCAAAUACUGCGUGAGAGUUACAAUUCUUUUUAAAAAGUAAAACCCCAUUAUAGUGAUUUACCUUUGGAAGGAACUGAUCUGUAAAGCCACUUCAGUAUCUCAGCAGAUGGCUCAUAGAAAUCAUGCUUUAACUGUUUUCCAUAAGGGACAAUAGCAGCUAUCUCAAAUCCAGGAUUGAACUGCUCAGUGCAGAUUUCGGAUGAAGAAAGCUUUAUCUUUUUCUGUUACAAAAAAAAACCCACUGUUCUAUUUUUAUUUGAAUUUUUUACACAGUGAAUCUUUAGCGUAAAUGCAGUAUUCAGAAUAGCUUACUCCUGUGAGUUGUUUCGGUUAUAGUUUUGAUGGUGUAUAAUUGGUUUAAAUGAUUUUUCAGGUGGGUAAAAUUAACUGUAUGGGUAGUUGCUCAUGUCGGAAACUUGGGAAUCAUUUUUCACUCUUGCCUUUCUCAUACCUCACAUCGAGUCAUCAAGUCUGUGAGUAAUUAUCUUCUAGAUAUUUUUCUAAUCAGUCCUUUCUUCUCCAUCCCCACUUUCACCACCCUCAUCUAAGUCAACAUCCUUUGUUUUUGAACAAGAUUCUGCUUUUCUGCCCCUCUCCCCCAUGCCCACCUAUUCAUCUCAAAAGCUAAGGUGUCUUUUCUGAAAUGCAAGUCUCAGUCUCAUCGUUUAGAAUCUAUUAAUGGCUUAGUAUUACUUUGAAGGUAAAAAUCCAAAAUCUUUUUAGCAAGGUGUAUAGGCCUACCUUGUUGAGAAAGAUUUUUGAAUCUUUAUGUUUGAAAGAUGUUUUUUCUGGGCAUAAAAUUCUAGUUUUAAAGAUGUUGCUGCUCUACUGCCUCCUGGAUUGCCUUGCUUCUGACAAGAAGUCUGCUGUCAUUGUCAUCUUCGUUCUUCUGUAUUAUUAUUUUUUUUUAAACUCUGGCUGCUUUUAAGGUUUUUACCUUUUUCAGUGAAUUUGUGCUAUUUAGUUAUAAUGUGCAUUGGUGUAGUUGUCUUCAUUAUUUGUGUGUGUGCUUGGGAUUUGUUGCACUUACUGGGUCUCUGGAUUUUUAGUUUGCAUCAAAUUUGGAAAAAUUUUGACUGUUAUUUCUUAAAAUAAGUUUUCUAUACCCCAGUCUCCCACCUCCUGAGACUCCACAUGUUAAUUAGGCUGCUUGAAGUUGUCCCACACCUUACUGAUGUUCUGUACAUUGUCCCAGUCUUCUGUUUUUAAUUUCUAUUAAAGACAGAAGACUGGCACGACUAUUUCUAUUGCUGUGCCUCAAGUUCACUAACCUGUUCUUCUGCACUAAUUUGCUGUUAAUCCUACCCAAUGUAUUUUGUCUACAGAAUUUUGAUAUUGCUUUUUCAGUUUUUUGUAUCCUCAUGUCUCUCUUUAACGUGCUGUUUCUUUUCUCUAUCUUGUUUUCAUAAUAUUUAUAAUAGAAAUAGUAAAUAAGAACAUUAUAACAGCCAUCGUCUGUGUUAUUUGGGGGUUUGUUUUUGUUGAUUUAUUUUUCUCCUCAUUUUGGGUCAUACUUUCCUGCUUCUUUACAUGCCUAGUAAUUUCUUAAUGGAUGUGAAUUUUACAUUGUUGGGUGUUGGGUCUUCGUGUGUGUGUGUAUUCUUUUAAAUAUUCUUGAGCUUUGUUUUAGAAUGCAGUCAAGAUACUUGAAAAUAGUUUGAUCAUUUCAAGGCUUGCUUUUAAGCUUUGUUAGGUGGGCCAGAGCAGCCUUUACUCUGGUGCUACUUUUCUCCACAACUGAAGUAAAAUCCUCCUGAGUCUACCUGGUAACCCUGUUCAUGAUCAGGUUUUUCCAGUUUAACUGUGGGAACAUGAACUCUUCCCAGCUCAGGAAUUUUUGGCCUGCUUCUUUUUGGUGGUUCUUUCCCUGUUGAGUAUUUCCUUGUGCUCAUCAAUACCUGAAAACUUGAAAGGAAACCUCUGCACAUUUUUGGAGCUCUCUCCUCUCCGUGCAGCUGUGCUCUCCUCUCUCUGCAGCUGUCUUCUCUCUGGUACUCGGCCUGCCAAUUCUAGCUGUCCUGGCCGCCCCAGAUUCUCAACUCUCACCUCAACUCAGCAAGGCUGCUUGGUUCAGUUUGGAUACCCCCUUCCUACACCACAGCCUAGAAACUGCCUCUAAGUAAUCUGGGGCAAACAUGGGGCUCACCUCAUUGAAUUCCACUAUCUUUUACUGCCUGUUGUCCAACAUCUAACACCCAUUUUUUCAUAUAUAUUUUUCCUUUUUUGUUUUUAAGUUGUCUGAGGUGGGAGAGUAAAUGUUUUUCCCACUUUAGUAAAUAGAAAAAAGUUUACUCAAUUGCUCAAGCCAAAGGCUUAGGGUUUAUUCUUGGUUCCUCUCUUUCCCUCCAUAUCUAAUCUACCAGCCAGUCACGUUGGUUCUGUGUUUCCACCGCUAACAGACUGAGCCUCCUUUGCGCUCAGCUGGAUUACUGUGCUGACCCACUGUUCCCUUCCCAUUCUUGCCUCUGCAGUCGGUUCUCCACAGCCACGUGAGUGAGCUUAAAAAUAUGGAGACUAUAUCAUUCCUACUUAAAUCCUUCCUGGCUUUCCCUAUGCUGGCCUCCAAGGCCCUUCAUUAUCAUUCCAAAUUUCCCUCCUCAGUACCUGACAGCCACACUGGCCUCCCUGUGUUCCUCGUUAUACCGAGUUCUUUCUUAUCAGACUGUGCCUAGAAUAUGUUUUCUUCAGUUCUCCCCUGAAUGGCUUCUCAGCUGUCAGUUCCUUAGCAGGACCUUCUCUGAGUUAAAGUUGUUCCCCAUCUUAUCCUUGUUAUCAGUUAUAUAUGGUCCUGUUCAUUUCCUUCACGGCACUUAUCAGAACCUGAUUAUCUUGUUUAUUUUUUGCCUACUUGUUUCUGUCCUUCCCCACUAGAAUAUAAGUCCCUUAAGGCAGGAAUUUUUGUUGUUGUUGUUUUUCACUCCUAGGUCCCCAGAAUGCAGACGAGUACCUGACCCCAUAAUAGGUACGUAAUAUAAAUGCAUAGAAUAAAUGAAUAGACCUCAAGUAAUCUACUGUUUCUGUAGUUUUUUUUUUUUUUCUUCUGUUAGGAUGGAAGAGUUGUACUGUCAGUGCUUCAUUUAUUCCUGUAUAAUAAUUUCUAGGAGAUUGGACUUUUGUUUUGAUCUCCCAAAAGGAGUGAUACCUGCUACUGAGAAAUUAAAUAAACCAAGAUGUAAAACUAGAACUGGAUUAGGCCAUACAUAUAUUUCAUUGAAAUAAUAAUAACCAUAGAUGGAUAAGAAAAAUACCUGUUCAGCUACUUUUAUAAUUUGUAUUGGGAAAAAUUCUAUCUCCUAAAAUCGCUAUGGAGGUAUGACUUCAGACUUCCUAAAUAUGUACAGACUUCCUAAAAAUGUACAUUAUAUGCCUCAUGUAUAAUAUAAACACUUUGAAAAGUUGAAUAACCAAAUACUUGCCUAAUUGGGGUAUGGUUUUCUUAACUUUCAGAGACAAGUAGAAAAGUUCUAAAUACCAGGAUGUCCUCCAAAGUGUAAGCUUACGGGUCUGUGUUUUUAAUUUUGGUUCAUUGUAUCUAGAGGUAAGUGAACCUGUGCACUGUAAAAAUAACCCUCUUUCAAAUUAAUGAAAUUCAUUUUCAAAAUUUUUUAGUCUACACACACCAUAAUGGGCCAAAUGGGUCUUACUCCCAAAUAUAGUGUAUGAUUUGGAAUUAUCAAGAAGUAAAUUCAUUAAACUUCAUCUCAUCUAUA